UAGUUUUGCCCUAAAAUCUCCGCGCUAGGUCAUGGCGGAUCCCUCCGUGAUCCAACAGGCUGUGGAGCAACAGGUGCUGACAGUUGCCAAGGUGAUCGAGGAGCAGCUCGACGAUGAGAUCUCCAAGCUCGACAGGCUCGACGACGACGAUCUGGAGAGGCUGCGCGAGCAGCGCCUGGCGCAGAUGAAGCUAAUGGCCGCCAAGAGGCAGCAGUGGCUCGCCCUCGGCCAUGGCGACUACCAGGAGAUCCACUCGGAGAAGGAUUUCUUCGCGGUGGCCAAGGCCAGCGAGCGCGUCGUGUGUCACUUUUACAGGGAAAACUGGCCCUGCAAGGUGAUGGACAAGCAUCUCAACAUCCUCGCAAAGCAACACCUCGAGACGAGAUUCGUGAAGAUCCAUGCCGAGAAGAGCCCCUUCCUCACGGAGAGGCUCAAGAUCGUCAUGCUGCCCACGCUGGCUCUCAUCAAGAAAGGCAAGGUCGACGAUUACGUGGUUGGAUUCGAUGAGCUCGGUGCCACCGAUGAAUUCAGCACGGAAGAGCUGGAGGAGAGGCUCGCGAGAUCGAGCAUCGUCAUGGCGGACGGGCAGAGCUCGCUGGACAGAUCCAGAGAGACAGUCCGGCGAAAUGUUCGUCAAAGCAGCCGCGAUAGCGACUCCAACUCGGACGAUGACUGACGGCUUAGUAGAACAUAACAGAAUAUCCGUAGCGCUUGUCGAAAUAUCCUUUUCUUGCUUAUCUAUAUAUCUGGGGUUUUCCA